AUGGCGGCUUUGAGGAGUUGGCUGUCGCGGAGCGUCACCUCCUUCCUUAGGUACAGACAGCGCAUGCCUGCGGCGGCGAACUUUAAGAGGCGCUGUUUCUCAGAGUUGGUGAGACCGUGGCACAAAACUGUGGCAGUUGGAUUUGGUGUGACCCUGUGUGCAGUUCCUAUCGCGCAGAAACCAGAGCCACAUUCUCUUAGUAACGAGGCAUUAAUGAGGAGGGCAGUGUCUCUGGUGACAGACAGCACCUCCACAUUUCUAUCGCAGACCACAUAUGCACUGAUUGAAGCAAUCACUGAGUACACAAAGGCUGUUUAUACCUUAAUUUCACUGUACCGACAAUACACAAAUUUACUUGGGAAAAUGAAUUCACAGGAGGAAGAUGAAGUAUGGCAAGUGAUCAUAGGAGCCAGGGUUGAGAUGACUUCAAAGCAACAAGAAUACUUAAAGUUGGAAACAACAUGGAUGACCGCAGUGGGUCUUUCAGAGAUGGCCGCAGAAGCUGCAUACCAGACUGGAGCAGACCAGGCCUCAAUCACAGCCCGAAACCACAUCCAGCUGGUGAAGUCGCAGGUGCUGGAGGUGCGCCAACUCUCCCUGAAGGCAGAGACCAAGCUGGCGGAGGCGCAGACUGAGGAACUGCGGCAGAAAACCCAGGAGGAAGCCGGAGAGAGGGCGGAGGCAGAGCCUGAGGCCUACCUGCGUGAGGACUGA